CGGCGCUAGUUGCCAUUAGAACCAGCAUUAUCAGCCCUCAGCAUUUUAAUCAAACAUCGUCCUUAGAAUUCAGAUACGGACUCAGUACAUUUCACUGUCUACAUAAUAUAAUGUACAUGUUUUGUGCUGACCACAAUGAUCUCAGUGACUUUACUCUUCUAAAUCUAUGGAUGCUGGUGCCAAUUCUGGGGAGAGAAGUUGUAUAGUGUUCGCAGGUGUGCAGGACCAUCUGAAGUACUCCCCAGUGUUGUAUCAAGUAAGGAUUCAAUCUAUACUUACACGACAUAUACCGAACAUGGCUUUUAGUUUCGUUGAAAAUGACCAUUUGGUGCGGAACCCGAGAGUUCAACCACCGGACUAGUGCGCUGAAGAAGUCAAAACCUAAAUGGGAUAAUGUCAGAAGAAGUCAGGGCAUCUUUUAUGAAUAAUGCAUUCCUUCAAGUGCAGUUCAGUAUCGCGCCUUGAGGAUAACUUUGCACUGAGCAUGGUCCAACCAAUUCUGCAAUCAUUCUAGAGGGACGGUAUUCUCUCGGAGACACAAUUAAGAGAAAAAAGCAAUCGGAUAUAGAACUCCGCGAAAGAGCUUACAUUCUACCAUCGAAGGCAACCCUGCUCGGCCUCAUCGUGGAGUCUAAGCCGUCCUUGCGGCGGUCCGAGUUAGGCGGGGAGGAUGAGGAAGAGGAGGAAAAGAUGUCUAUAUUGACCGGCUUACAGUUCUACCUGCCAAUGGGGGUGGGGGUCGUCUGCCUUCUCUUGUUGCUGACGAGCUUGUAUGGGAACUGCUGGAGGACUGUGGAGUACGAUAGCGUGAAGGCAUUGGAGCUACUCGACACGAGCUCGAGAGUUCUGUCGCUCGUGGUUGACGACGCCCAGGGAUAUAUCGCCUUGAAUGUCUCCAUGACGGUUGAGAAGAACGGAUCUUAUAUCAAAAUGACCUUCCCUGUUAUGAAUUACGGAGGGCUGUGGGGAUCGUGCGACACAAUACCAGAUUACAUUCGACCCACGCUAUCUGGUCUGAAGCAAACGACCCAAUGCCUGGAUUACAUGUCAAUCACAGCGGAUAAGGCAAAGCCCUUUGAGAUGGACUGGGAACUGAUUCGUUCUUCAGAAGUGUGUGCCAUGGUGGUGACCAUCUCGUUCCUGAUAGCAGCAUCCCUUGGAAUAUUCUCCGUUCUUCGGCAACAAGUCGUUAGCGCCAUGAUUACUGGCGUCUGCUGCUUGGCUGCAGCGUUAUACAUGUUGUUCGUGAUCAUGUUGAUGCAUCUGAAGAUAGCAAACAUGGUUAACCACUAUAAGACGAGUGACACGUUCCCGGAUGAAAUUCAAAUGCGGACUGUCAGGCAUGGCUGGUCGAUCUACCUCGGCUGGGUGGCGAUGGUGUUUGUGACACUGGACGGUGUACUCUGGAUAUUACUCUCCCGCAAAAUGAGCAUGGUCAUGAUGAACUACCCGCCGAAAUACCAUCAGAUUUGUUCGGCGUACACGGCGUGAUAUUUGUGUCUUCUUCCGCCAGUGUUUAAGUCGAUUUUCUUAUGGACUAACUUCAACUCAUAGCGGCGCAGGCGUGGUAUAAACGGUGCAAGGACUCUUAGCGACGCCACUAGUCUUGACCUAUGGCAACAGCUUGGAGAAUUCGCCUCUAGUCUAACUGAGGUUGGUUCGAGUCAAAUCUCCCAAUCUCGGACCGUAUCACGUGUUGUUUGUCGUGAGAGAGAACUACCCUCUGUGGUCAUUGAAUCAAUUUGACUCGGAGGAUAAACGCCGCAAAACAGACGGUGAAGGAAGGUUGUACGGAAUCUGUUUGACGCGGUGGUGUAGUGGCUCGGGUCUCUGGGUAUAGCGGUCGAGUCAAAAGGUCCCUGGUUCGAUCCCCACUGUCGGCGUGAGACUCUAGACAUGUCUCCUUUCCUUACAAGUCUUACAUGUACUCUUGACUGCUUAAGAGGAAAAAAACUUAUCUUUGACACAUAGCAUCAGGGCAAGUCUUAAUUGGUGUAGUGGUCAGUCGUCGCACAUGGACGUUAUCAACUACUACCACCUCUCAACCUUUGGCCAGACAAUUAUAUGCUACCAGAGGCCACAAUGUCCUCUAAUCUCACUGGACUGGACGAGGGCUGAUAUUCUUACUGCUGCAAAAUGUAUAUAACGAACACAAGCUUCUUUGUAAUGAAAACGUUUUGUUUUCUUAAAUUCGCAACACAACACAACAACACUCAUUCCACUUUCACUGCAAGACUGUAGGGGAAACGGUGAUAUGAUAAAAUGACGAAGCGCUGGACGUUAUUUAUUGCCGGUGAUGCGUCGAGCUCGAGUCUCCUUUCAGAUCGAAAGAGGGCAACCGACGCACUACAAUGCCGGUAGUUGCGUGGGCAUAUUUAGGUCUACAAAGAGUGAUGUCAACUGUAAAUAGCCUGAAAUCCAUGUGAGAGGUCACUGACCACGCCGAUAGGCCUGAUCAUUGGCCUCAUAGAAAGGGUUUGAAUGUAUAUGAUACAAAACUUUAUGCACAGCGAUCUUACGCACAUUUUUCCUCAUAUCUAUAUUUUGGUAAUACAAGACGUACAAAAGAAUAUUCUCUACUUUUAAUUUGGAAGUAGACUUAGUCGUUUAAGUUUAACGCAUAACGGUACAUUGAAAUAUCGGUUUAACUGCUCUCAUAUAGCUAUCGUUGUCACAGCUUCGCUGUACUUGCAGUGCCUUUACAUUUCAUUGAAAGUGAAUAGCUUUUUCGCUAAAGUUGUCUUCAGAAAGGUUACAGUGAUUUUUAUCAUCACUUUAUGUUUCGUGGUACAGUCAUCUUCAGUGGUUCAUGGUUUUCAAAUCAUGUAUGGGACAUUUUGUAGUAAAAUGAAAAAUUUACGGUAAAUCAUCUGAUUAAUUAUGUAUCUAUCGAAAUGUUAUAA